GUUUCAGUACGUGACUUGACGCUGUUACAAACCAGAAGCAGUGGUAUAAGUAAAGGUUGAUAGAUGCAGUUUGCUGUUUCUCCGACUAUUUCUGUGUGUUUUUGGAGUAAACGUCCAAGCUUUGUUUAGUUUCAGAGUUGACAGCAGCAUCAUGGCAUCUGGAGGCCCUGUGAUGAACGGCAAUGUCUCUCGCUCUCCAGGACAGUCUGCCACGCUUGAGGAAACCCUGCAGCAAAUGAACAUCCUCAUCCAGGAAAACCGAGACCUGAAAGAGGCCCUGCAUCAGACUAACCUGAUGAUGAAGGAGCGUUUCGAGGGUCUGUCUGUGUGGCGGGAGAAGCAGCGGGAGGAGCGGGACUUUUUAGAGAGACGGCUGGAGGAAGCUCGGGGCCACAUGGAGGCCCUGACCCUCCAAAACCAGGUGCUGAGCAAGAAGCUGGAGGAGGUGGGGAUGGCAGGAGGGUGUCAUUUCCAGGCAAAAUCAUCCACUCAGAGUGCAGAGCUAGAUGUGCUGCGUGCCCAGGUUGCUCGCCUGCAGGCAGAGAAGAACGACCUGGUGGCCAUGAACUCAGAGCUACAGCUAAAGGCAGACCAGGACUCUCGGGACAACUCAUUCAUAGAGAUCAUCAAGGUCUCGGAUGUAGACGUCAACGGUGUGAAUGAUGCAUGCAGUACAGAGCGCAGAAGAUGUCCAGACCUAAAUAUGACAGCAUCUCGGGUGGACAGCGAGGAGGUGACUGUCAGCCAGCUCCUCCAGUCCCUAAGAAAUGAGACGCACCAGGCGGAGCGGCUGCAGACUGAGGUGUGCAUUUCUGCUGCCAGAAUUAGAGAGCUGGAAGAAAGGAAGAGUAAUGUAAACCAAUCUACACAGACAACUGAGCCACAGAGUACAGACACCAAGGAGGAUUCUGGGAAGGAGGAUAAGGCGGCAUCAGAGGUGGAGAAUCUAAAGUCUCAGAUGAUGACACUGUUCAAAGAGCUGCAGCACGCCCAGAGCAGGCUGGAUGAAGCAGAAGGCAUGAAGAAGAACCUGCAGGACAGAUGUCGUGAAGUGGAACAGGACGUGGCUAGUCUGAAGGCUCAGCUGGUGGAGAAACCAGCUGUUCAGUCAGAGAAUGACCGACUGAAGCUGCAACUGGACAGCAUGCAGAGCCAGAUAGAGCAGAAGACGGCUGGGGAGGAGAGGAACAACCUGGCCCAGCUUAAGGAUGCCUAUACCAAGCUGUUUGAAGACUACAAUGAGCUCAAAGAGGAAAGGAAGAAGAGAGAGUCUCAGUUAGUGCAGAAGGAGGUGGUGGAUGAACUACAGGACCGGCUGACUGCUGCUGAAAAAGCCUUGGCUGCAAAACAGAGCCAGAUUGAUGACAUGAAGCAGGAGAUCUUCCAGAAGGAGAAGGAGUUAGAGACUAUAUCUGUGUUUAAGGCCCAAGCAGAGGUCUACUCCUCAGACUUCUAUGCAGAGCGGGAAGCUCGGGAGAAACUCCAUGAAGAGAAGGAGCGUCUGGCUACUCAGCUGGAGUAUGUAAAGAAGCAGCACAUCCAGUUACAGGAGGAGAUGGACUCCCUGGGCAGGCGGUCACUGAAUGAGAUGCAGAGGAGACAUGUAUCACUGGGAGGAAAUCCAUCUGGAACACGGGCAAGUCUGGUUGGAAGAGGCACUGACUGGCAGCAUCAGGGAAACCUUCCCGAACACGCCUGCCCAAAGUGCAACGAGAUCCUGCCGGACCUGGACUCCUUGCAGAUCCACAUCAUGGACUGCAUCAACUAGACCUUCAUCAUUAUAAGCAUCUACAACAACAGCAACUGUAUCAGCACCUUAAAGUGCCCAUGGCAUGCUCAUUGACAGCCACUUAGUGUUCAAUCUUGAGUACGUCUAGAUUAGUUUUGCACCUACCAUAACUCCAAAUAGUCUGUAAUUAUUUCAGCAUGAUAAAACCAGAGAGCCUCUUCCUAAAAACGAGAGGAUAAUUUGUAAACGUGCACACCUCCUGCUGCCGGUGUAGCAUUGAAAGUGGACAGUACAAUGAACCACAACAGCAUUAAUUAGUUAGAAUUUCUCUUCCAUAGAUAGGUAAACAAUGGUAUGUGUAUCGAUGAAAA